UCACCCAUGCUGCAUCGUCAUGCUGCUCACUCCGGAUGCAGUUGUCAUGGAGAUUGGGGAGAACUCAGCGUCCACUGGUGGCACUGUUACCAUGGAAAUCCUCCCGGCUGGAGCAGUCUUGGAGGAGCAGGUUGAACCGGAGGACUGGCAACACAGUGGUAGAGAAGCAUUCCGGCACAGAAACUAUCGGAUGCUGAUUGUGAUUGGAGAGAUUCCAACAGAUUAUCACCUGGAAGCUGCUCGGAGACAGAUUGUACAAGGUUUGCUUUCCUGGAAUGUUGAUCUGUCCGUUUGUGACCUGAAUAAGGAGCUGCAGCUUUUUAAGACCAGACACACCGCUCAGUUUUCUCCUCAAGUCAAAGGUCAGAGAACUCUUCAGUACCAGAGUGAUGUCCUUCAGACUGUAGUGUUGGUGAACCCAUCAGAGGAAACCGUUUGUUUAGAGACAAGUUCUUUGAUUACUGACGCUGCUACUAAUAAGUUGCUCGUUCUGAGCGGCCUGAAUUCUGACCAGGGAGGUGACAUUCUUCUGGAAAGUGGAGCUUUCACUUGGCAACACUUUUCUGAUAUCAUCUCUAACCCUCAAGUCAUUGAAGUCCUGUCCAGGGCCUCCUCAGAGCUCCAAUCCAAGCUUACUGUUUCUUGCCUGGGAGACGGGGGCUGGAGCUCCCUGGGCCAAAGCCAGGAGCAGCAGCCACUCCUUAAUAGUCUUGAAUAUCGCUUAAACCCUGAGCCCCAUCUACCCAACAUGGAUGGAGUCACAGAGUUCACAGAAUAUGUCUCAGAAACAGUGGAUGUACCAUCACCUUUCGAGCUUCUGGAGCCACCAACCUCUGGUGGGUUUCUGAAGCUGUCCAAACCUUGCUGCUAUAUAUUUCCUGGAGGCAGGGGAGACUCUGCUCUUUUUGCCGUCAAUGGAUUCAACAUCCUUGUGGAUGGAGGGUCAGAGAGGAAGGCCUGCUUCUGGAAGUUAGUUCGACACCUAGAUAGGAUCGAUUCAGUCCUGCUCACUCAUAUUGGAGCAGACAACCUGCCUGGAAUAAAUGGGUUGUUCCAAAGAAAGAUUGCAGAGCAGGAAGAAGAAAAGAACCAGGGGUGUGGUUCCAGUAGUAAUAGUGACUGGAUGAAGAACUUAAUUUCCCCUGAGCUUGGGAUUGUGUUUUUUAAUGUCCCUGAAAAGCUAAGGAUGCCAGAGUCUACAAUGAAGGUAAAGCGGAGCAUUGAAGAAGCAUCUCUCACAUUGCAAUACCUCAACAAGCUUGGCAUAACACCAGAGCCUCUUCACAGGGUAGUCAGCAACACCAUUGAACCAAUAACACUGUUCCACAAACUUGGUGUGGGAAAGCUUGAUAUGUACAUCUUGAACCCUGUAAAGGAAAGCAAAGAAUUGCUGUUUUUGAUGCAAAAAUGGGCAGGGAAUAGUAAAGCCAAGACAGGAAUCAUGAUGUCGAAUGGAAAGGAAGGAGAAAUUUCUGUCCCUUAUCUAACUUCGGUUACUGCUUUAAUUAUUUGGAUCCCACACCGACCCACAGAAAAGAUAGUCCGCGUUCUGUUUCCUGGAAAUGCACCGCAAAAUAAAAUCUUUGAGGGCCUUGAGAAGUUAAAACACCUGGAUUUCCUGCGAUACCCAGUGGCCACUCAGAAAGACAUAUCAUCUGGCGCACCACCCGCAAUCAUCAAGCAAACUAAAAUAAGGUCAAGAACAGACAGCAAAGAGAGUCUCAAAUCUUCCCCAAAACCUCAUGCUAAAGCUUCUAAGAAAGAAGCCAGUGGACAAGAGGAGGAGUCAAAAAGUGAAGCCACUAAAGACAAUAAAGUUGAGAAGAAAGAGGAGAAGAAACCCAAAAGUGACAGUUUAAAAGCCACCAAACAGCAAAAAAACAGUGAGGUGGCUCCUGGGGCCGAGAAGAUACCAAAAAAGAAAAUUUCCAAGGAAAAAUCUACAAAAAAAGAAAAAGCAUCUAAGAUGGAUGAAAAGAAAGACAAGGAGAAGAAGGAAACCAAAAAAGAAAAGGUAAAGAAAGAUGAGAAUAUAAGGAAGGAAGAGAAAAAGGAGAGCAAGGCAAAGGAUGACAAAAAGAAAGACCAAGGUAAACCGGAGCUGAGAAAAAUCACCAAGCCUGACCUGAAGCCGCUCACCCCUGAAGUGAGAAAAACUCUGCAUAAGGCCAAGGGUCUGGCUAAGCCGAAGUCUGACAAAAAUAAAGCUGUUAAAGAUGAAGCAAACGAGAAAAGGCCAGUUCCAAAGAACAUCACUGAAGAGGUCGCAGCAGCAGCUCUGGCUGAUAGGUCCAUCAUGUCCUCACCAGAAGACCUCACUGAGGACUUUGAGGCUCUAAAACAAGAGGAGAUGUCCAAACAGAAGACAGGGUUUGUCCAUAGUGAUGUAAUUCCAGUCAACUCAAAUACUAAAGUUUCUUCUCAAGCUGUGCCCGAUGAGAAAAUAAUGUCCACCAUGGAGGUUAAGCUUGUUGGAUCUGAAUACCCUGUUACUCAAGAAGACAACAAAAGCAAUCAAGUUCUGGCUACUCAACAAAAAGAUGUGAGUCAUGGCUUUGACAAGUAUGAAGAGGAGAAAACAGAGAGAUGUGACUUUUUAAAAGAAACCGUGAGUGACAGAUCCAAGAAAAGUGAGAGCUCAGAGGAGGAGGGUGAUGUGAUUGAGAAAGCUGAACUAGAAGGGACAGAAGAUGAUGAGGUCAUGAAAAUAAAAACAGAGGAGGUGAAAAAGGAGUGGGACACCAAACCAGCUGAGCAAAAAACAGCCACUGCACCUCUACCAGUCUCUGCCACAGAACAGCAAUCCUUCAUCCAAGAUGAGACCAUCCCUGGAUACUCAGAGACAGAGCAGACAAUUUCUGAUGAGGAGAUUCACGAGGAACCUGAAGACAAGAUCCCACAGCUGCAUUACGAUGUGGGUUCCUAUGAAAUUUCUGUUCCAGAUGUUCCAGGUACAUUUGAAUCCAUGCACGGGAUUAAAGAGAUGAAGAGUUCUAUAGUUUGUGGUGCUCCAGAUGUCAAACCUAAAGCUAUUGUGGGAAGUCAGGAGCCUGAGCUUGCACCAUAUCCUGCCAUCAUUGCUGCUCCUCUUGCAGAAGAGGAGCAUAUCUCUUCUGCAACAUCUAUCACAGACUAUGACAGACUAUCAUCUUUUGCUACCUCUGUGGCUGAGGACCAAUCAAUUGCCUCUGUUACGGCACCUCAGACAGAAGAUAUCGGGAGGAAUUCCCUCUUGUUGGAAACCAUGAACAGUGCUCCAUCACGUGCGGAGGCUGCCCAAGGGAAAGACUAUCUCCAUUCAGCAGGUACCAUAUCUCCCACCUCCUCCCUGGAGGAUGACAAGUGCUUUAAAUCUCCGUCCUCUGAUGAAUAUCAACCCAACAUUCCAGAGAUAGAUAGUGAUGCAAAGACCAAAACAGUCCAUGAAGAAGAAGAUGAUGAGGAAGAUGAGGAUGAAGACCAAACUCCAAAUGUUGACAUUCCCCUGGGAAAACUUCAAGAGGGCUAUGAACAAGCUACCUCCUUGAUGCACCAAGAAUUACUGAAAUCUCCCUCCAAUGGCAUUCCUUCACAGCCUGUCAAGGAAGACCAAACUCUAAUUGGCGCAGAAGAAUUCAAGACCACUGCUGAUGUAAAAACUAUCUCACCCCCUCCAUCUUUCUCUCCUGGGCUAGAGUCCAGGUCCAGGCAGGACAGUGAGGAGAGAUGCUUUAGUCCUGAUGAUAGUACCAUGAAAUUGGCCUCACCCACACAGUCAGUGCCCACAAGCAGUGGCUACUCUCCAACAGAAGAAAAAGUUUUAAAAGCAGAAGAAAAAGAUGAGGGACUGACGACUGCUAAGGCUGAAAUACCUAAAACUGACAGAUCGGUUACCAUCUCAGAUAAUACCUCCUUUAUUGGCUUGCCAGGUGACAAAACAGCUUUCGAAGCAUCUGAGGAAUCAGAUGAGGACAGUGAGGAUGACUAUUACACCAAAAAGGAGUUAAAGCCUGUUUUAAAAGCUAAACUCAUGGAAGCAAAAGAGGGUUGCUUUUUAGAUGAUGACUUUGAAGGGAAAUGUGCAAAGACAGAACCGGGAGCUCAGAGUUCAGACAAGAUACAAGUGUCCAUUAGCACUAUGGAAAAACCAAAACCAAAAGUGAUGUUUUCUGAUGAAGACGAUGAAGACGAUGAAAAGGAUGGCGGCUCUAAAAUCCUUUCAGAUGAAAAAGACCAAGUGGAGAAAACUGAUAUUACCAUCACAGAGUCAGAGAAAAGUGUCCAUUUCAGUCUUUAUGAAUGUCCAGAGAAAGAGAGCCGAGAGAGGGCAGUGUAUAUAAGACAGGACACACCAUAUGUCCAUGGCAAAACAUUCUCUUAUGGUGAUAUUUAUGACAGCAAAACAAGCUCGGAGGAGUCUGAUUUGUAUCGAGAAGAGUCCCAAGAUAAGGUAGAGCAAGUAUCUUCAAAGACUGAAGCAGAUUUGCACAAAGAUGAAUCUCCAUCACAAGACAUGUUAUCGGGCAAGGUGUUAGAAAAAGAAGUAAAAGAGUAUUCCACCUCUGAUUGGAUUGAGUCUAAGAGUACAUCAGCCACAGAUCAACUUGAAAAAGAGGUGAAAGAAAAAGAAACAUUUGUUUAUAGUCAGACUAGUCGUUUCCCUUCAGUGGCUGACAGACCUGAAGCUUCAACCACUUGUUUAAAGUCAGAAGAGGAUCAUGCUCCCAUCACAAAGCCCCCAACUUUCACCUCAGUCACAUCCAGCUACAGCGAGAAAAGUGCAUGUUUAGAGAUUGAUAUGCGGAAAUUUACAGCAAGGGAUGAAGAGGAUUAUGAUGAUGAUGAAGUUCUUGAUGACGAUGAGGAGGAGGAAGAGGAGGAUGAAGAUGCAAUUGAUUCUGACACUGAGAAAGGUGCCAAAGAGAAAUCUGAGAAAGAAGCAAAAAGUCCAGUUAGUGAAAUGCUAGGCUCAAACCGACCUGAAUUCAUUGUUUCUAUGGCGGGAUACAGUUACAACAGUCAAGUAAAGCCAAGCAUUACAGAAACCAGUUCAAGUUCAGGAACCAAGGCUGAAGAUGAAGCCCAGGCUGAGUUUUCCUGUGUCAAUGGAAAACCAGUUCAUGCAGGAGCUACCAGUUUGUCUAGCUACUCCUCAGGUUUUGAAGAUUCGUACAAGAAAGACUUGUUUAUGUCAAGUCAGAGUGGAGACAAAGAUAAAAUAGAUUCUCCUUUUAAAUCAAGUGAGGAUGGCUACUAUCGAAGCCAAAAAGACAGCACUGAAUUUGAGAAACAAAAGACACCAGAUAUUCUGAGUAAGAGCUCAUUGGAAACAAACUUUCAGUACACAACCACAGCUGCUGCCCCGGGCUACUCAUCUUCUUCAGCAUACAGCUACUCAUCCUCCACCUCAGGCUCACUAUCCACUAGCCGACAGUUUGGAGAGGAGCUAGAGACACCUGCGUCUGCCGAGCCUCCCUUUGAGUAUUCCUCAUUUAAAGAUGAACACUCGCUUGUCAUGGAUUCUCCUUUCUCCAGCUCAGCUGGCGCUAAAGAUGAUUAUCUUGAAGUCUCUGAGAAGCAAAUCACUGUAACAACCACGGCAGAGUCCAGCUCGAGUUUAGCUCGCUUCUCACCCCUCAGUCCUUUUGAGGAGGUCAAAUCCUUUCCAGCUGUCUCAUCUGCAACUACAAUUCAAGAGAAGGAACAUGGAGCUCCGAUAGGUGGGGUUUCUGAUAAAGCACCUCGAUCGGACUGCUUCUAUAAGCCUGAAUGGCCUGAGGAUACAAAGCUUGACACAGCUGCUGGGUUUGGGGCCUCUGUGGGUCCUUUCGUAGACUUCUCAAUGAAUAAAGAGGCAGCCAGUGCUGCUUUGUUUGGCGUAACUCCCUCUCCUCGACCUGACAUUGAAGGCAAACAUUACUUUGAGGAGACUGAUAGCAGUGAGGAGGAGGAUGAGGAGGCAUAUCUGCGUAAAAUGACCCAGAAGUCUCCUUCCACUGGUCCUACAAGUAGCCUUCCAUUUUGUGACAAGCCAUUAGCUGCAGCCUUCAGUGGAAAGACAAGUGAUGCACGUCCAGAUUCUCUUGGCUCUUACAUUUCGACAGCACUUCAGACCACUAAGUCGGACACAACAAAUGGCCCGACAGAGGUAUGCACAAGUAGUACCCUUCCUUCUGGGGUAACGACAGUUGGAGCACCUUCAGCAUCAGCUAAAGUGGAGUCCAAAGAGGGAGCAGCAGGUUACAUUCGGAGUUCCUAUGAGUGGGAAAUGCCUAAGCCUCAAAUGGGGAUGGUGCCUGGAGACUCCCCUCCUCAUUACCGCCAUGAUGAUGAGUUUGAGGAGGAAUGUGAGAUGGAGUCAGAGCACCCCCCUCGCCCACUUUCCCUUGCCUCUGCUGAUCAGCAGUUUCGCUCACCAUUCUUUGCAGAAGAGUGUAGCCGAGGUGAGCAGGAUGAUGAUGAUGAUGAUGAUGAUGAUGAUGAUGACAGUGAUCAAGACCUACCCAUAGGAGCAACCUCUUCUUACACCAGCCGCACCUCCCCUGGAUACUCAUCUUCUGAAUUCAGGCAGCGUAAAGAAGACUUGUCGCCAUCCUUCAUCAACCCCUGCAUGAGGCAGUUUUCUACUGACGAGCAUGACAAAGAGGAGGGCCACAGAAGUGAUCAGUCACAGGAGGGAGAAGAACACGACCUAUCAGUCAAGAAGAGAGCUCACAAACAACCCCAUGUUCAACAGACUCAUUGCAGAGACAGCAGAACUCUGUACCAGGCUGGUGGUAUGUCUGCAGGGCUGUGUCUGGCCACAGAGGACACCCCGCCUACCUCUGUCAGCGAGUCUCUACCCUCUCAGUCAGAGUCAGAUCUGCAUCCUGGUACUGAAGAGUACCCCUCAGUUGUUGGUGAAGGCAACAUGGACUCAGACGAGGAUGGAGAAUAUAUGCCGAUUGAUAAAUCUGCUACCGGUCGAAGUAGCCAUCAUUCUGCUUCCAGGAGUAGCCAUGACCCUCCUCCUGCACCAGUAUUGGACCCACAUCCUCACCCUCCACACCCAGAUGUCUGCAUGGUGGAUCCUGACACUUUAGCUAAUGGUUCUCUGAAGAAGGAACCAAAAGCAAAAAGCCUAAAAAAAUCUUCAGGAAAAACAAAAUCAGCAUCUCCUGCCAGGCGUAGGAGGUCUCCCAUGCCUGUAAAACAGACCUCACCACGGAGCGCCUCUCUGAAGAAAAAGGACACCGACAAGAGCUCACGUAUGUCUCGUCUGUCGGACGGACAAGGCUCAAAAGACGAUGACCUCUCCAGAUCCAGCUAUAACGUUGGCAAAGGGCUGACAAAUGGUGUCAAAACCAGCUCAGGUUCUCAGAAAUCCGGCCCAGCAGCCGCUUCUGGCCUUCCCAUUUAUGUUGAUAUGGCCUACAUUCCCAACCACUGCAGUGCUAAGAACGUGGACCAAGAGUUUUUUAAACGCAUUCGCUCUGCCUACUACGUAGUAAGUGGAAACGACGCUGCAGGAGGUGAACCUAGCCGAGCAGUCCUUGAUGCUUUGUUGGAUGCCAAAGCUCAAUGGGGAUCAAACCUUCAGGUGACGCUUAUCCCCACCCAUGACACAGAGGUGACCCGCGACUGGUACCAGCAGACUCACGAGAGGCAACAGGAUCUCAACAUCAUGGUCCUGGCUUCCAGCAGCACCGUCGUCAUGCAGGACGAGUCUUUUCCAGCCUGCAAGAUUGAGUUUUAAGAUCUCCUUCACCUCUCCUCUGCCCAUCCUUCUAGCCUCCCUGAUGUAGAUCUUUUCUGAUUAAUCUUUUUUCUGUAUCCUGAUAUGCAACCUGAUGUGUCUCUGCUCUACCCAGAUUGUUUGGUAAAGCAGGGACAGAUUUGGGGAACUUUUUUUCAGUGUUUUUUGUUUUUUUAAAGCUUAGUGUGGCUAUUGCCACACUAAUCCUAUAGGUACUUUGCAGCUAGUUAAUAAUCAUUGCUGUGUUUACUGUGCUGUAGCCCUGAACCUUUUCACAUUUAGUCAUAUUACAAACACAAACUUCCUGUGUUUCCCCCCCCCCAAUCUUCUCUGUAAAAUAGCCCAAACUCACUGAGACAGAAUAGAAAGUGUCUUUGAAUAUCAGUUUAAAGGUGUGGCCAGUAGAUUUAGGUAUGAACUUUAACUAGGCCAUUGUAUCACAUGACUAUAGUUUGAGCUAAAUCAUUCGAAUUGUGGCUCCAGUUGUUUGUUUAUUGUUGUCCUGCCUAAAGUUGAACCUUUACUUGUUUUUAAAUCCAUCAAUCUAUUUAAUAACUCUGACCAGCCUCACUCUACUGAAGAGAAACACCCCACAGCAUUAUGCUGCCACCACCAUUAGGUGAUUUUUGAAGAUGGGUGCACUGGAUUUAAUUUAGGGGUAUUUGAGCAUAGAAGACUAAAUAUUGAUGCAAUACCCAGUUUCUGAUUUAAUUUAUAAAAAAAAAAAAAUGAAAAGGCAGUAUAUAUGUAAUUUAGCUUGAACUAAACAACUACACACAAUGUGUUUUCCUAUUCCAAUAAAUUAAUUCCAAAUAAAAUAUGUUAAAGUCCUGCAAUGGACUGGUGAACUGCCCAGGGUGUACCCCGCCUCUCGCCCGUAGACAGCUGGAGAUAGGCAACAGCACCCCUCGCAACCCCAAUUGGGACAAGCGUGUCAGAUAAUGGAUGGAUGGAUAUGUUGAAGUUUGUGGUUGGCAUGUGACAAAGGUGGAAAACUUUGAGGGAUAUGGUUACUUUUACCAUUGUGUCAAUUAUCAGUCAUAAUAGAUUGUUUUUUUUUUACUCUGGGUGAUCUCAGUAACACAAUUCUAAAUUAUUGACAUCAGCAGUUCUCAAACCUUUCAGCUUCCCGUCAACAAGGCAGCUGUGACAUAACCUUACAUUUUCUGGCUGAAUAAAACAAAAAUUUAUAUUGGGGCAAUAAUAUAUAACCAACAAAAAAAUAAAUCCUCCAAUUUCCAUCACCUAAAGUAAGAUAAAGACCCAAUUUUUGGGGAAAAAACUGCGAUUAGAUUAAAAAAAGGAACCAGUGAAUCUUAUUCAUCAAGCUUAAAAAUAAAAUAUGUCCUUAUUUUGCCGUUUGCUCUGUUAAAACCGUGAUAUUGUUUAGUUUUUGGCCUCCUGGUAUCAUAUAAAAGCAUAGAAAAGUAGAUCCCAGCCUUCCUUUUAGAGUAUAUUUGUUGUAGAAAUGGGAACGUUAAUAAACCUGUAUUGUACUGAUUUCUGAUAUUUCUACUGUUCUCUGAAACAAGUGAGACCUACCUUGCUGUUGGCUGUUUUUUCUUACAGUGGAGCACCCUAUACCCAUCUCUGUGGUCUUUGAUGUACUUUUCCAGUUCGUAGAUUAUUGCAGAAAUCAUGCAGAGAGAUGAAAGCAGUGAAAACCCCCUUUUUUAAAAUCAUAAUAUUCUGAAAUAACACAUUAGAAAAACCUCAUUCAAUGAGAAUGCUGUUGCAGAAUGAAGAAUGUACUCCGCUACAACAAGGACAUGUGGCCGCGAGCUUUGAUUGUGUUAAAGAAGACGAUGGCUGUUUUGGCUGAUGUGAGAUUUUCACCCCACAUGUGCCUUUCUGUCCUGCUGUUCUGGAAGGGAAAAACUACAUUAACCAUUGGUUUGUAGAGGCUCAUCAAGCCCUACUCUGCUGCUUCUCAUCUGUUGUUGAGAAUGGGUCAGAGAUGUAUGAAACGAGUGUAAUACGGCUCUUUUAAAGCGCCAACUAUAGAAGCACAAGGCUUACCAGUGAGCGAAGCUGAAAUCAGUUUCUGACUUUUCAGAUUUAGCAACCUAAGUUUGACCUGAAAACAUGCACCAAUCCUCUUUACAAGUCAUAUUUACCUAAUCAAUUCUUCUUUCUAUAAAUCAGAGGAAUCCUACGAUCAACCUACAAUCUAACAAAUCAAAGGACCAACAAAUCUAUUGUUUUUGCGGCUGUUGCUGUUUCAACUGCAGCCAUUUCAGCUCAUAUACAGAUGCAUGUUCAAAAGCUGCAUGCAGAGAAAGAGGGCACUCUUUAAAAAUGCAGCUUGCUUGGGGUGCAAAAACCUGAUUGGCAUGAAUGUAAAGAUGCAGAUCAUACCUUUACAUCCUCCGCUGAGGAUUUGGAUCUCCUGGUUGCCUUGGGUACCAUGCAUCACAUGACACGCUGAUUGCCUUGGAACACGUCAUUUCCAUCCGUAGGCCUACACUGCACUGAAAUUGGUAUUAAGAUUUAUAAUUCUGCUCAGAUAAACAGGGUCAGUGUUAGCUGUACCGCCUGGUCAGUCUACGUUCCUUAGAUAUUGUAGAAAACAAAAAAACUCACUUAAAGCACAAACUGCCAGACAUGAGGUGCUUUCUAUACUCAUGAUGACACAUUUCUGUUAUUCACAUCUAUCGGCAACCAUACAGUACACACACUCAGCUGACUGUUGCGUUUAAAAACCUGAAAUAACAGCUUUUUUUGGAUCGACCCCAGCUUGUUCGUGCAUGCGUACUUUUUGAGUUCACCUGUAUUGACAUGAAACUGACUUGUUAUUGAAAUGCUACGUCAAACGAUGUGGUUUUGAGAAGCUAAAACUGUUGAGUUUGGAGGACGCACAUGUAACCUGGCUUUGCUGUGUGACAAAGAAAGCCAUUUUUCUCACUCCUUCCUGCUUCAUAGUUCUUCUGUCAUCUCUUAAUUUAAGUGCAAUAUUCUCUUUAUCUCUAUCUAAAUGCUUAUAAAGGUGAAAUAUAAGUAAGAUUUAUUGUUGGAAGGGAAAAGGUGUGUUCAAGACCAAUAAAAAAGUCAUUUACUGAAAAAA